AUGAAUGACAAUCAUCUGACUAGUCCGCUUUCAUCUUCUGAUAAUAACUUUUAUACUUCAAUAGUGGAUUCAAAUCAUCAACAAUCAUCAAACAACAAUAAUAGUAAUAAUAAUAAUAAUAAUAAUAAUAAUAAUAAUAACAACAACAACAGUAACAAUAAUAACGACCACAUCACAUCACCGACUUCAUCCUCUUCUUCAUCAAGUUCGAUCUCCUUGGAUAAAUAUCAUGAACCUUCAUCCAUGGAAAAAUUGCAUAAUAAAUUAUCUUUAAAUUCAAAUACUGCUAAUAAUAGUAUAUCUUUACCACCAAUAUCCUCAUUUGAUAAUUUAGUAAGAGCCGCUGAAAAACAAUACAAAAAUAGUAACAGUACUACAACGAAAAAUAAUACUAAUACUAUGAUAUCGACUACCACUUCAAGUAGUAGAUCAAAUAGUGAUACAAACAUUUCAAUGUCAUUUCAAGAUUUAGCUUCCUCUGCAAAUAACAAGAAAAUAUCAAAACCAAGAAAGAAAAAGCAAUGUCCCAUUUGUAAUAAUUUUUACGCAAAUUUAUCAACUCAUAAAUCAACACAUCUAACACCAGAAGAUAGACCACAUAGAUGUCCCGUUUGUGAAAGAGGCUUUGCUAGAAAUAAUGAUCUUAUUAGACACAAAAAAAGACAUUGGAAAGAUGAAAUUAAUGUCGCUGGUGAACAUGAUCAAUUGAAAUCUUUACAUCAAAUUAAAGGGACUUUUAAAUGUCCUUAUAACUCCACCUUGAUUCAACUCGAUAUGGAAAUUUAUCCAUUCAAAUCAAAAUCUCUGAAUUUUGAAACUUCAAAUUGUCAUCAAACUGGUAUCUUCUCUCGUUGUGACACUUUCAAAAAUCAUUUAAAAGCUUUACAUUUCGAAUAUCCUCCAGGAACAAAGAAAAAAGAUAGAAACGUCGUAAGUGGAAGAUGUAAACAUUGUGGUUUGAAAUUCGAUAAUGUUGAAGUUUGGCUAAGUGACCAUGUCGGUAAAACUUGUGGGUACAUUUAUCAUUAA